AUGACUGCAGCAGAGUUGUUGAUGAAAAAUAUUUACACCUUUGCCAACAUUCUUAGCCAGGCAGGAUGUGAUAUUGUUGCGAAGUGGAACCAUACAUCUUUGCAAAAUGCGCUAAACUGGGCUGAUUAUUGUAUUAAGGUGUACCACCAAGUUGCAGACAAACCUUACAGAGGAGAGAUUGAGAAACACAUGGCUGCCAUGACACUACACCUCCACCCACCUUCUUGUCUGAGGCUCGGUGUUGAAGAUCUAGGAAAGGCCAGGUCUAUUUUAGAAAGGACCUUGUUGAACAAUUCACAUCUGCCAGAGAAGUUAAUCAGGAUAAUUUUGGAAAAACAGCAAAAAUCGAGUAUGAAUAAUUCAAUACAACAGGAACAGGAGUGUGAGCACCUUGCCAGAGAGGUAACUGAUGUGACUAAGCUAAUGCAGACCUUACAAACUAAUGAAGUCUCCCACAGUAAAUUAAUAUCUGAGGCUACAAUGCUGCUCUCCACUCUACUGAGCCUCAUAUCAUGCUCUUCUAAUUCACAGAGGUUUGAAAAUUUUGUGUCUAAUUUGCUGACAAGAAUAACAAAGAAAGCAGUCACAUUGGAUUUAAUUCUGAAGAUGUUAUGUGUAUCACCACAUGAUAUUACAUACACAGACAAACAGCUACAUUUCCUUCAAAGCAUCAUAAUUCAAUGGCUAGCAAACUCAAGAAAUAGUGCACUCCUGGAUUCCAAGAAAGAUUUCAUUCAUGAAGCAUGCAGAUUCCACACUGAUUUCUGCCAGUUAUAUUUAAGAAACAUUUUGCAGUGGGCCAAAGACAUGGAACCAUUGUACAAUGAAGGAGAUUCAAAUCUGUAUUCAUGGAGAUAUAGAAGCAGUGAGUCCAAAUUUAGAGACAUUGGCAGGAGCAGAACACUUGAUAAAUUGUGUGAACACAUUGAUAACUUGUUUAGUAUAAAUAAACAAUGCCAGAUAUUAGUAAGACAGUCACUCCAGACUCAAAAAGAAACCUCACAUUUCAAUGUUUAUAGAGACAUACUGAAGAAAUUAAGUCACAUUCCAGAGUCAUGAAUUUUAUCUGUAUUAAAUUAAUUGAUUGUAUAUUAAAUGUGUUGUAUGGUU